AAAUUGGAAAACCCAUGUUACGUACAAUUUUGAAUGGUAUAAACAAAAUAUUUCUAUAGUAAAACUAAUGCUAAACAAAAAUGUAUUUAAAGCAUUACAAUGGGCAAGGAAGCUUAAAUUAUAAGCAAUUAAAUUUAAAUUAAAAUGAUUUUUUUUAAAAACUGUGUAUUUUAUCGCAAUCCUGUUCUUAUAUAUGUUGUUUUCAUCAUAAUGUUGUACAAUAUAUAUCUAACAGUUUAUCUUUUAAAUUUAAUCUCAAAUUAUAAGCAAACUUGUGUCACUGAAGAUAAUUCUAAUAUUUCUUACUUUCAUUUUUCAUUAUCUAAUGGUAAGUGGGAUAGUAGACGAUUGUUAAAAACAUUUGAUAAUGUGUUAUUAGCAGAAAAAGAAACAAAUGGAAUGGUCUGUUUAGCCACACAGUGUUCAUUAGAUAGAUUAUUUUCUAUCGUGGAGUUAGUUGAAAAUUGGAAUGGUCCCAUAUCAGCUGCAGUAUAUGCAGCUGGCGAGGAACUAUAUUUUGUACAAGAUUAUAUCAAAUUCCUACGGCGUUGUUAUACAACAAUUCGCAAUUCAGUGACAUUUCAUCUUGCUGUACCAGCUAAUCGAUUUCCAGAAUCUCCAUCAUCAAGUCAUUUUACUGAUAAUUUAUUAUGUAAUCAAGAUCCAAAAAAAGUUUUGUUAAGUCUAUUGAAACAACUUCCUAAAAACUUAAAGCGAUGGAGAACUCGCAUGCCUUAUCCACAAAAUCAUUUGAGGAAUCUAGCUAGAUUUAAUUGUCAAGCAUAUUAUUCAUUGGUUACAGAUAUUGAUAUUAUACCCAGUUACAAUUCUGCUGAAGUUCUCAAUGACUUUCUUUCAACACUUCCUAAAUGCUUAAAAUGUGUAUAUGUUCUACCUACAUAUGAAAUCCACCAAUUGGCUCCUUCUCCAAAAAGUUUUUUACAAUUAAUGACAUUAAAAAAUACUGGACAAGCAAAAUAUUUUCAUGAGGAUAUUUUUAAAUUAAACCAGCUGCCAACAAAUUUUGAUUUAUAUGAAAAUAUGUCUUUGAAGAACUCUGAUGUUCAUAUUAGCCAUCAAAUACCAAAAUAUCAGUUAUUUUAUGAACCAUUUUACAUCUCACUUAAUAAUGUUCCAAGUUAUGAUGAAAGAUUUAUUGGCUAUGGAUUCACCAGAAAUUCUCAAAUAUAUGAAAUGUUUGCAGCCAAUUAUCAGUUUGAAGUACUUGCUAACAUUUUUACUUUUCAACAUACUUAUGCAUCAUUAGUGAAAAAUUCUAAUUAUCGAGAAAUUCAGUAUGGUGAAAAUUUUGCUCUAUUCACAAAAUUCAAACAUGAAAUUGCAGCUCGAUAUGCCUUAUCACAUAUCUUAUAAUUAGUCAUUUUUAAUUAUUUAUAAUUUAACACUGUUAUAUUGUUGAAUAAUAUCCUUUUUUUUAUUUUUGCAAAAUUGUGUUUAUAAUUUCACUUUUGUAACAUUAAAAAUUGAAAUAAUAGUAAAUAUAUAUACAAAUUAAA